GGUGCUUGUGUUUUGAAACGAACGCGGCGCCGAUGGAGUCGACCAACAACGAUGGUGCGUCUAGCGCCAACCCGUUCACGCUGCCGUCCGACGAGGAGGUUUUCCGCAUGCGCGACGACGUCAAGCGCCGCAAGGACGAAGACCGCGAGCGCAACGCGCGGCUCAAGAUCCACGAGAAGCUCACCAACUCGUCCAAGCGCGGCAACAUUCGUCGGUUCAAAUUUGACGACAGCGCGCCAGACAUGGUCAAUGUCGCCCAGUCCAAGCAGACGCGGGGGCUCGUCGCCGCCGCCACCGCCACCAUCUCGAGUGACCGCCGCCGCGAGAAGGAAAACAUGGCCGACUUUAUUGCGAAGAAGCGCGAAAUGUUCCUCGUCCAGAUGUCGCUCGACACCAAGCGCGAAGAGAUUCGGAAACUCGAGGAGAAGGCGCAGCUCAAAGAAGAGGCGCUCAAGAAGAGCGAGCUCAUGCUCGAGGAAGACGCGGUGCGCUUCGACACGUUUCUCAAAGAGAACGACAAGAAAGCGCACGAAGCCAUCAAGAAGGCCGAGAAGGAAACGAAAGCCAAGGCCGACCGCGUCCAGGAAAUCAAGAAGCUCAACCAGCAGAUCCAGCUCGUGCAGAGCGACAUGUCCAAGCUCAAGGAGCAGCUCGACGACUGCCUGAAAUACAAGGCGUUUCUCGACGAGCUCACGCCGCCCGAGUGGGAGGCCGAGCAAAUGGAGCGAAAGAAGAAGCGGCAGCAAGACCGCCUUCGGAAGAAGAAGGCCAAGGCCAUGGCCGAAUGGGAAGCGAUUCGUACGCGAGCGCUCGCCGAGCAAGAGGAGCGGGACCGCGCAGCCGAGCGGGUCGCUGAGAAGGACGGCAAGACCAAGAAAAAAGCCGAAAAAUUAAAGCCCGCGGUUGCAUCCAGCACCGUGCCGCCGAUGCCCGCGGUCGACGACAUGGUGGCUACGAGCAGCGGCGAAGAGCUGCCCAUGUACUUUCAAAACCCGCAGCAGCUGCUCGACAUCUUUACAGCGCUCGAAGAGAGCAAUUUGUUUCUAAUUCAAAACAGCCAAGAGACCGAGCAGUCGCUCGAGGAGCUCAAGCAAAACUACCGCGAGACCAAGAAGAAGAUGAACAAGAAGACGCAAGUGCUCAAACAAAACAUUGACGAGCUCCGCGACCAAAUCAACGCCGAGGACGAGAAGGCCAACCACCUCCGGCAGCGUGCGAUGGCCGGCACGGGCGAGAAUGUCCAAGAACGCAUGCUCCAAGAGCUCCACGACAAGGUCCUCGAAGUGUACCAGCGCUGCGGGUUCGAAGCCGACUCGAACCCGAACACGCUCUUUAUGCUCACGGACCUCGAGGCGCGGCUCGAGGAUUUGCUCAGCGCCAUCGAGCACAUGCCCGAAGACUACGUGGUCAAAGCUGAGAAAGAAAAAGAAAAGGAGCGCCGCGAGCGCGUCCGUCAGGAGCGCAUUGCGCAGCAGACCAAGAUGUACGAAGAGCGCAUGAAGAAAUCCAUGGAGCGCAGCAUGCAAGCACCCAAGAAGCGCAAGGGCCGCCAAGUCAUGUGGCGGUCGCAACCGCAGCGGCAGAUCAAGCAGCAAGACAACGACAACCACGUCAACGACGACGACCAAGCCGACCAGCAACACUUUCGGUGGUGAACUCUGUUGAUAACCUAUUGUCCCCUCUC